AUGCCUAGCUCUGAUAAAGGGCUUUCUCAAAACGUCAGGUCAUUACCAACAACACCAGAUGGUUCAAAGUAUGUGUGUACAUUCACCGACUACUUCACCAAGUUCGUUGACUUUUACCCCAUAAGUAAUAAGUCUGCAGAGUGUGUAGCUAAGUGCAUUAAAACCUUUUCCUGCAGGUGGGGUGCUCCUGCACGAUUACUGUCUGAUCAAGGAAGAGAGUUUGUCAAUAGAAUCAAUGAUCAGAUGUGCAAAGAAUUUGGAAUAAAGCGAUCUAUAACAAGUGCAUAUCAUCCACAGACAAAUGAACUGGAUGAACGCACAAAUCAAACCUUAAAACAGCGUUUGUCUAAACUGGUAAACGAACACCAAAACAACUGGUGUGACUUUUUAGAGGAAGUUGCAUAUUCGAUACGUAUUCAAAAACAAGCUACAACUAAAUAUUCACCAUUCUAUUUAAUGUUUGGACGAAAUCCCAAUUCACCUCAAAACAUGGCUGUUGUCGAGGACUGCUCUUCAGCUCCAGACCAUCUUGAAGAGGAAUUGGAUGAGGAAGUCAAGGAAAAAAUGGCAAAUGCUGUAGCAACACAGGAACAAGUGCUUAGUAACAUUGAAGUAGCACAACAGAAGCAAAAAAUGCAGUAUCAGAAAAGGAAGACAAAGGGUGUCAAGUCAUUUGAUUUGAAAGUUGGUGACACUGUCUACAAGAGGCAGAUGAAAAACAUUUCAAGGAAAGGUGGAAAAAUGGAACCAUGUUGGAUAGGCCCAUACAGAAUUGAUGACAUUGAUACAUCACAAAGGGCAACAUUGAUACCAUUGAAAGAAAGCGCCCUUCCUUUGAAAAACAAGGUCCCAUAUGAUCAAUUGCGACCAUAUUGCACAAGCAGGCUUCAUGAUGAUGAUGACAGUGACAACACCUCAUCCUCCAAUAAUACCACCCCCUCAACCAGCAAUACCUCCUCCUCCACCAGCAAUACUACCCCCUCCACCAGCAAUACCUCCUCCUCCACCAGCAAUACCACCCCCUCCACCAGCAAUACCUCCUCCACCACCAGCAAUACCUCCUCCUCCACCAGCAAUACCUCCUCCUCCACCAGCAAUACCUCCUCCACCACCAGCAAUACCUCCUCCUCCACCGCCAUUACCUCCACCACCACCAACAUUGCCUCCACCACCACCAACAUUAAAAAAAAGAAGAGAGUGAAGGGACAGUCUGAGGUGUUGCAGAGCAUGCCCAAUAAUAAUUAUGAGCAGCUUAGUGUGCAAAUCCUUCAAGACCAUUUUUGGCUAACUGACGAACAUGUUGAUCAUGGCCAGUGGUUACUGUCGCAACAGUUCCCUGAAGCAAGAGGGUUGCACUCAGUGCUUUCAUUCGAGGGAAAGCCCAAAGUUGAGAAAGGAUUGAAAGACUUUGUCCAGAUUAUUAAUGUUGGCGGACAACACUGGGCAACUGUCACCAAUAUCCACUGUGAGGAAAAUGCUGUGAAAGUCUAUGACUCCCUCUCCUUGAAUGUGACAAAGAAGCUGAAACAGAAAUUUCAUUCCUGUUUAGCUGCAUUGCUUGGCACCACUGUAUCCAAGAUGUUUAUCAGCUAUCCACCCAUGCAAAAACAGAAAGGAUGUGAUGACUGUGGUCUAUUUGCACUUGCUGUUGCCUUUAGUUUGUUGGCUGGUGAUGAUCCAAGCCAAUUGACCUAUGACCAGAGUUGCAUGAGAGAGCACCUGGCUCUAUGUUUUCAAGUUGGUGAAUUAGGACCAUUUCCUCUUAAAAAUUGUCAUGUUAAAUUGUAA